CAGAAGUCCUGAAGGUUGAUGGAGGGCCAUGCUAUUCAAACAGCAGGCGUGGCUGAGACAGAAGCUCCUGGUGCUGGGAAGCCUUGCCGUUGGGAGUCUCCUGUAUCUAGUCGCCAGAGUUGGGAGCUUGGAUAGGCUACAACCCAUUUGCCCCAUCGAAGGACGAUUCGGAGCCCGCAGUCAGGCCGAAUUCCCUCUCCGCGCCCUGCAGUUUAAGCGGGGCCUGCUGCACGAGUUCCGGAAGGGCAAUACUUCCAAGGAGCAAGUUCGCCUUCAUGACCUGGUCCAGCAGCUCCCCAAGGCCAUUAUCAUUGGGGUGAGGAAAGGAGGCACAAGGGCCCUGCUUGAGAUGCUGAACCUCCAUCCAGCGGUGGUCAAAGCCUCUCAAGAAAUCCACUUCUUUGACAAUGAUGAGAAUUAUGCCAAGGGAAUUGAGUGGUAUAGGAAAAAGAUGCCUUUUUCCUACCCGCAGCAAAUCACAAUUGAAAAGAGCCCAGCAUAUUUUAUCACGGAGGAGGUUCCGGAAAGGAUUUACAAAAUGAACUCAUCCAUCAAGUUGUUGAUCAUUGUCAGGGAGCCAACCACAAGAGCUAUUUCUGAUUACACUCAGGUGCUAGAGGGGAAGGAGAGGAAGAAUAAAACUUACUACAAGUUUGAGAAGCUGGCAAUAGACCCAAAUACCUGCGAAGUGAACACAAAAUACAAGGCGGUAAGAACCAGCAUCUACACCAAACAUCUGGAAAGGUGGUUAAAAUACUUUCCGAUUGAGCAGUUUCACAUUGUGGACGGAGAUCGCCUCAUCACGGAACCUCUGCCAGAACUUCAGCUUGUGGAGAAGUUCCUAAAUCUUCCCCCGAGGAUAAGUCAAUACAAUUUAUAUUUCAAUGCUACCAGAGGGUUUUACUGCUUGCGAUUUAACAUUAUCUUUAAUAAGUGCCUGGCGGGCAGCAAGGGACGCAUUCAUCCAGAGGUGGACCCCUCUGUCAUUACCAAAUUGCGCAAAUUUUUUCACCCUUUCAAUCAAAAGUUUUACCAGAUCACUGGGAGGACAUUGAACUGGCCCUAAAAUAAUAAGUCAUAUAACACUAUGUGUUGUGGCUGGAGACUCACAAUGUCUCCCCUAGAUUUAAAAUAUGCACUUUUCUUAGACACAGCUAUCCGAGUCAUUUUUCCAUGUAUACUUGUACAUACGCAGUGUGUGACCAAAUAUAAGAUCAAUUCUUUUUCUAUUGAAAAUUGACAAAAAAAAAAAAAAAACAAAAACAAAACAGUUUGCCGUCUGAGUAGUUGCAUCUUUUAAGCUAUUGACGAAAAGAAAAGAUGGUGGUAUUGGGGGACAGUGACUUCAGCUAUCCUCAAAGAGUUAGUCUUCCUUUGAGUCAGAAUUUGCCGCCCGCCAUUUUCAUAGAUUUAAGCCAAAAGAUUGUGUGUGAAAACGCACCAAUGGCUGCGAAGCUUCAGGAGGUAGAGGAUUCAGUUAUGCAUUCUUUUCUAAGGGAAAGCUGGCUCUUUAAUUCAGAGACUGAAUUGGUGCCAUGAAAACAGAAAAUACUAUUUUCUUAUUAUUUCAAAGAAUGUCUUGUCUCAUAAACUUGACACUGUUCCAAAGUUCCUGUGGUGAUUUUGCACUAUUGUUUUCUCGUAGAGACCAUGGUGUCUGUCACACGUGGCAUGUCAAUCACACAUUUGAAAGUUAAGUCCUUUCACUUCCAUGUCCUACGUCCACAAAGAGAAAUGUCAUGUACAUACUGUAUAUUGUUGUAAAUACUGGUUUCACACUAAGUAAUUCUAUUUUGUAAACUGAAUAUGGCUAUUUAAUUUAUUGUGAAAAUUAAAUUUAUUGUGGUAUUUAAAAAUGGAAUGGAUUAAAAUUACUCUAUGUGCAACCUUUUUAUUCCCCCCCUCAUUUUGUUUUACGUGCCCCCUGCUGGCUCCCCAAAUCAAGGCUGUUUGUGUGCACGCCAACGGGCUUGGAAAGAUGCGCUGCUCAGUUAGAUUUCUGUACCCUCGUGAAAAUGCUUUUAUGGAGCGGGGUUGAGGAUCUUAAAGAAAACAUCUCAGCCAUCUGGAAAUCUAGUAAUACAGCCACCUCAAAGAAUAGUAGCCGCUACUCCUGCUGCAACUUUGUAACAAUUAAUUUACUUGCAAUUUUACCACUGUGCCGGGAGAGAGACAGAAAUACUUUAACGUAAUCAAGGCAUAGAAGAAUCACAAUUUCACUUGAACCUUUAAUCAGAGUCAGACCAGUAGAGAAAUUAAAUAAAAUAAGAUCAGAAAACUUGUGUGGCCUCUGUACUGAAAGCUGCUGAUGCUUCAAAAAUGAAUACAAACUCCCCCCCCCCAAAAAAGGAAUACAAACUCUCAGAACUCCCUCUUUGAGAUGAAAAUAUAUCAGUCUCCUC